CUGACCAUCUCAGAACCAACACAUCCUCUUCAAAUAAUAAUUUGUACAAGACACUUUCAGAUUAAAACGCGCACGUAACGACGAAUCGUCGUUUGCUAUUUCGAAAGACAAACUCGAGGUUUUAGGUAACCUGCAUCAUGAGUCAAAUACGCUUCUAAAACCGGGAUUUAUUAUCCGCCGGGGAUGGCACGUUCACGGUCUUUGGCCAUAGUGCUAGCAUGAACGCGUCACAUCCAGCGGCUCAGUGUCAGCUUCUAGGAAAACCUUUUGCCUCGCUGUCCUCGGAACACUGUGGCAAGCCUUUGAGAGGGGAGGGAAAGCCGCAAGUGGAUAUCAGAAUGUCUUUAAUCUCCGUUUAGCAAUGGAAGCUGCUGGAAUCGGUAUAAGCGUUUUCUCGAAAGAAUUAUCGGCGUUGCAUUCUCGGUUACUUUUACAAUGUCACAAUCAAGGAGAUCCUGUUGAGGCUUCAAAGUAUGCACGGACAUUGGCGAUUUUGACUGAUGUGCCAUUGUAGGCACAACAUUUACCAGUUGUUAUCCAUCGCUGUGAAUCAUUUAUGCUAUUACCUGCUGUCCCUGCUCCCACUGAAAUAUUGACAGAAUCAAAUUAAUUUCAUAGAGCAUCAAAUAAACAUUCGUUACCCGGUGUCAAUGGUGUCUCAACCAGAUUUACGCUGAAUCCUGGUGCGGAACCGCGGGAACUGAGUUCCGACAGGCUGCAUCUCGCCUUGGGAAGAACCUAUCACCAUCGAAGUGGAUAUGUUGACAUUAACGUGAAGAUGGGUUUAGUUUUCGGUCUCUUGUGGCUGUUCAACAUCUUUUUGGAGGGCAUUCAUUGCCAAGGAGUCUAUGCACCUCCUACAGUCCGAAUCAUCCAUUCUGGCCAUGCAUGCAACGUCGAGGAGGAGCGCUAUACCGAACGCGUCUACACCAUCCGGGAGGGAGAGACCCUGGAGCUAGCCUGUCUGGUCUCGGGCCACCCUCGACCUCAGAUCCGAUGGACCAAAACAGCCGGUAGUGCCUCGGACCGCUUCCAGGACUCCAGUGUGUUCAACGAGACCCUGCGCAUCACCCGCAUCCAGAGGCUCCAGGGAGGACGCUACUACUGCAAGGCUGAGAACGGCCUGGGCUCCCCGGCCAUCAAGUCCAUCCGAGUGGACGUCUACUAUUUGGAUGAUCCCAUUGUAACUGUCCACCAGAGCAUCGGGGAGGCUAAGGAACAGUUCUACUAUGAGAGGACGGUGUUCCUGCGCUGCAUGGCUAACUCCAACCCCCCGGUGCGCUACAGCUGGAGGCGUGGCCAAGAAUUCCUGUCCCAAGGCUCGGAUAAGGGCGUAGAGAUCUACGAGCCCUUCUUCACACAAGGGGAGACCAAGAUUCUAAAGCUGAAGAACCUUCGACCUCAGGAUUACGCCAACUACAGCUGCAUCGCCUCGGUCCGGAAUGUGUGUGGUAUCACCAACAAGAAUGUCCUCUUCAAACUCUCCAACAAAACAGCAUCCCCCACCAUUAAGUUGCUGGUGGAGGACCCCAUCGUGGUGAACCCCGGGCAGACCGUGACCCUGGUGUGUGUGACCUCCGGGGGUGAUCCCACACCCACACUCACCUGGGUGCACAGCGCAGACGAGCUGCCCAAGAAGAGCGUCCUUAACGGAGGGACCCUCACGUUGCCCGCCAUCUCCAUAGAAGAAGCAGGCGUUUACAGCUGUGUGGCCAGUAACAACGUGGGCAACCCGGCUAAGAAGUCUACCACCAUUGUGGUCCGAGGGCUAAAGAAGGGGCGGUUCUGGAUCACGCCCGACCCGUACCACAACGACGACAACAUCCAGAUUGGCCGUGAGGUUAAGAUUUCAUGCCAGGUGGAGGCCACGCCCCCAGAGGAGCUUCUGUUUAGCUGGCUGAAGAACGGACGGCCGCUGCGCAGCUCAGAGCGCAUGGUCAUCACCCACACUGACCCGGAAGUCCAGCCAGGCACCACCAACCUGGACAUCAUCGACCUCAAGUUCACCGACUUCGGCACCUACACCUGUGUGGCAGUGCUGAAGAACGGCGGCAUCCCCGAGAUCAGCAUCGACGUCAAUAUCUCUUCGACCACAGUCCCCCCGGAAUUAACGGUGCCGCGGGACAAAUCCCCCUUGGUGGUCCAGGAGGGUGACACGGUGGAACUCCAGUGCUUGGUCUCCGGGAAGCCUAAGCCCAUCAUCCUCUGGUCAAGGGCCGACAAAGAGGUGCCCAUGCCCGACGGCGGCCUUCAGACAGAGAGCUACGACGGCGCACUGCGCAUCGUGAAUGUGUCCCGUGAUAUGACGGGAACCUACCGCUGCGCCACCAGCCAGUACAACGGCUUCAACGUCAAGCCCCGGGAAGCACUGGUGGAGCUCACUGUGCAGUAUCCGCCGGCGGUGGAGCCACUGUUCACAGAGAUCCGCCAGGGUUUGGGUCGCGCCUUCACCCUCAACUGCCGCAUGCUGCGGGCCCACCCUUCCAAGGUGCUCAAGUACGAGUGGAAGCUGGGCACCCGGCUGCUGACCAUGGGCCAGUUGGAUCAGCGCGACGAGACUGACUACCACGUCAGAGCCCUCAACAGGGAGGGCUACGGGGAGUAUACCUGUGAAGUGACCAAUGAGGCCGGGGCGGGUGCCUGCAGGUUCUUAGUCACAGGGAGGGCCUAUGCCCCAGAGUUCUACUAUGACACGUACAGUGCGUUGUGGCAGAACCGGCCCAGGGUCUACGGCUUCAAGCUACAGUGGACCCAGCAGAACCCGCUGUCUGUGGACCGCAUCGUGGCCUACCGACUGGGGAUCAAACAGACGGGCCAAUCGAGGUGGUGGGAGCAAGAGAUCCCCAUGGAGGGAGCGAUCGCCAAGGGCGAGCUGAUCACCCACAACCUGACGGAGCUCAUCAAGCCAGAGGCCUACCUGGUGCGCCUCACCCCCAUCACGCGCUUCGGGGAAGGAGACUCCACAGACAGAACCAUCAGAUACAGUGCUCCAGUCAACCCUCACUUGAGAGAGUUCCAGUGCAGCUUUGAGGACGAGGCCGUGUGUAUGUUCACCCAGGACAAGAGGGAUGACUUUGACUGGACCCGACACAGUGCCGCCACCAGAGACACCAAGUAUACGCCCAACACAGGGCCCAGCAGUGACCGAGUGGGCUCCAAGCAAGGUUUCUACAUGUAUAUCGAGACGUCUCGACCACGCCUGGAGGGAGAAAAGGCUCGACUGUUGACCCCCACUUUCAACGUCGCCCCCAAAAGCCCCUAUGGGACUGUGACGUCCUCUCCAACCUACUGCUUUGGUUUCUACUACCAUAUGUAUGGGAAACACAUAGGAGCGUUAAAUGCUUACUUACGACAGAAGGGCCAGUCGGGCGCAGACAGUUCCGUGUGGACCCUGGUCGGGAACCAAGGAGACCGAUGGAAGCAAGCCAAAGUCAACAUUCACCCAACAGCCUCUUUCCAGUUGGUUCUGGAAGGAAUUCGGGGUCCUGGGAUAGAAGGGGAUAUCGCCAUUGAUGAUGUCACCAUUGAGGAAGGAGAAUGUAAAGACCCUCCACACAACAAUUUGAGAUCACUGUCUCCUCCCACCGCGCACCAUAUAUGUCAGUUCUUGGUCACACUGACCCUGGUGUUUGUGGGUCAUCAGAGGUGACCCCUCCCUCCCAGGAAGAGCAACCUGAUGCCGGCCCCACCCCUGUGGAAGAAUCUGCAGACUUUGACUGUCUAAACCCCCAAAACUACCAAAGAUUCACUCCUCUUCAGUCUUCAGGAGAGCAGCAGCAGUCCAGCGCUGGUCCAGGGUGGAGCAUGCAGGAAUAAAAAUAAAAAAACUCAGUCAAUCUUGUUUUUUUUUCUGAAAUAUGCACAGAGAGCAUUCCAAGGUCAGGACUCCAGGGUCAGGACUCCAGCCGGGUUCUCCAUAGUAGACACUCCAGUAGUAGGGGCUACACCUAAUUUUUCUCCCCCCAAGGUGAAGCCAGUCGAAGGAGAGUGUGGGUGCCAUCAUUGUGUAUAUUGGCUCAAGGAUCGGAACGGAAUGGUACAUUUCUGUAAAGCACAAGGACACAAGAUGUGGUCCCAUUUUUUUUCUUUCCAUUUUCCAUAUGUUAUUUGUUUGCUGCUUGUCAAGGCCAAGGAAUAACUAUAAUUCAUUGCUUAAUGAGAUGGGUGUUGAAGAGGUUGAUUUUAUGUUAAGAGUGUAAAUGUACGAAAUUCACUCAAUAACCCACAUUGACCCGAAGCUAUUUUCUCAUGAAUAUGUUAGAGACUCUGCUAUUCCUCUUUGUGUUGUCACUUUAACCCCUUUUAAAACUCAGAGGCUGCCUAGGUUCGGUUUCAUCAAAAUAUGUAUAAACAAACACGUGCAUACCUUCUACCCAGAGGCUAAACUUCGACUGCUUAGUGCAUUAUAUGCCAAUCUGUAAGUCAAUUCAUCACAAUUAUUCCUCUGUGGGUUUUUUUGAGGUUGCUUUAAAAUGUUGGUUUCAUUAAGAAGUGCAUACACUGGUUACUCUACUAUGUAGUGGCUGAACUAUGGUGUGCCUGGUGUAAACAACCUCUGGACCUUUGCACCUCACAGUCAACUCUAUCAGAUCCUUUCGACCUACUGUAGGGGCUUCUCUGUGUCCCAGAUGCCCUUAACUUCUGUGAAUGUGAUUCAAUCAACAGUGACAGGAAAUAUAUCUCUUUCAUUAUCUAAACGGGAUUUGAUGAGGAUUUUUAAAGCUAAAGUAGUCUUGCUUAUAUUAACAAUGGUUGUUGCAAUCCAGCCAUUUGUAUGAAAGGUUAGCAUCUCUUUAUUUCACUUUCUAUUACCUAGCUUCUCCUUUCACCUCCUGACCAAUCCCUAAUCGGUCAGGUCACAUGUAGUGCUUAAAGACCAGGGCCCAGUUGCCCAAAAGCAUCCUAAGGCUAAACUUAUCAUUUGAAACUUCUUAAGAGCAUGGUUAAAUCUCUGAGCUGUUUCCCAAAACCAUCGUUCUACAAGGGUAACCUAGUGGUUAGAGCAUUGGACUAGUAACCGCAAGGUUGUAAGUUCAAACCCCCGAGCUGACAAGGUACAAAUUUGUCAUUCUGCCCUUGAACAGGCAGGUAACCCACUGUUCCUAGGCCGUCAUUGAAAAUAAGAAUUUGUUCUUAACUGACUUGCCUAGUUAAAUAAAGGUAAAAUAAACUUGCCUCGGACCACUCGUAGUACGUGUGUCGUUGGAUGCUUUUUUUGCCCUCCUGCGUCACUCUAUAAUCAGAAAAUCUCUGCUUAACAUAGAAUCACAUGGUUAUCUGCGCUGAUAAAGUUAGAUGAAGUUGACUACAAAUACAAAGUUGGCAAUGUCUUUUCAAUUGAUACAAUAUCAAGAUGCUUGAAAUUAAAACCGAGAUGACUGCAUUCAAAUAUAAAUACAGUAGGCUAUAGGUCUAUUUCAAUCACUUUGAAAUACUAUAUAUUUCAUGUUCAAUCAAUUGAGUUCUAUCUUUCUGCUUGUAUGCUACUGUCUAUUUUCUCUGAAUAUAUUUCAUGAUGCGUAGCCUAACGUGGCAUGAUGUGCUAAAUCUUGAUUUAGCGCAUGAUUAUGGGGUAAGCAUUAGAACAAGCCGCCUCAAUAUUUGAAGCCAUAGGUGCUAAUAUCUUUCUAGGAACUGAUCCAUCGUCAGUAUUGAUGAAUAAUUCUAAUGUUAAGGUAAGAUUUGAAUGGGUAAAACUGAUCUGAGAGCAGCGCUGCCUAUCUUUCUAUUCUAUCCUAUCAGUGUUGACACGUCUGUCUCAACGACGCACUAACAUGCUGACCAGACCGGACACGUCGCAUGUGCGAGCGUUGCAAAAUAAAUUUAGAAAUCCAUGUUAUUCAAUUUUUGCACCCACACUGCUCGCGUGCGCCAACAUGCGUCUGCGAUGCCAAGGGCUAAAAUAGAAGUAAUUACUUUUUCUGACGCAGAUCGCGCUGCAAGUCAUGCCUCUCCCAUCUCCUCAUUGGUUUAUAGAAGCAGGUACCCAUGUGCCAUUUCCUCAUUGGUUAUACCCACGUGGGUGAUUGAAAGACGAACUGUUUUGCCGGUCGUCUUGGUAAUACUAUGAAGUUUAGAUGCCAAUCACCAUAUAAGUUCAAAGUUGAAAAAGCCGGGAAGGAGGAGAAAUAACCGUUUUAUGUGUGGAUUAAUUGUCAGAGUAGAGGACCUUGUGCAUUUUAGGGAAAAUAACAACUCAAUGUUUAUAUCCCAGGAUAAAUUAGCUAGCUAAAUUGCCAUACAUGUUUAAUGCUUUUUGACCUGACCCCAAAUGAAUGUAAUUGGUUCAGAGUUUGUUUUGAUAUUUUAACCUGCAGGUCGUGAUCGCGUUUGGAGUGGGGGGACAAAAUUAAUUUAUGCACGAUGGCGCAUGCGUGCAGCCAGUUUGGGUUCCAUGUUAGAGAAUGUUCUCUCUGCAUGGUGUUUUGGGAAACGCAUGUUACAUCUUUGACCGUUGCAGGAAAGAUGCAUUGUUAAAACACUCUUAAGCCUAAAUUACAUCGCUAUCAGGAAACUGGGCCCAGGUGCAUCGUUUUUACCAGUCAACUUUUUAAGUGUUUCCCAAACAAGCACCUAGAGAGAACAUUCGCCAAGCGCGCCGUGUGUCGAGACUGACAGGAUCGAAGGUAAUGCACAGCUGCUCUCGGAUCAGCUUUCUCCAUUAAAAUCUUACCUUAACGUUAUAAUUAUUCCACAAUACUGAUGAUGGAUAAGCUCAUAGAGAAAUAUUAGCUUUGUUAUAACACUCAAAUCAUCCUCUCCUAAUUUACCUUACUUUAAGGACAAGUGGUCAUCAGGUAGACUAGCGGUUAAGACCGAAAGGUCACUGUUUCUAAUCACCGAGCCGACUAGGGGGGGGGAAAUCUGUCGAUUAUGCCCUUGAGCAAGGCACUUAACCCUAGUAAGUCACUCUGGAAAAGAGUGUGCUAAAUGUCAAAAAAAUAAUUACUAAAAUAUUACUGGAGGAAAUUCAAGCUCAUGUUAUUUUAUUUCAUGUUAUAGUAGUUUCUCUCUUGCAACUGCCAAGAUUAACAUCUGUUUUCAAUACAAGUCAUUGUCCUGACCUUUGAUUUCAGCAUGGCUCCAUAAAGCACAUAAAAAUAUGUACUACAAAAAAAGAAAAACCUUGAAUGUCAAUGCUAUCUUUCUUCUUCCUGCAUGAGUUGUACUCAUUGAUCAUGAUACAUGCCCAUGCAUGCUUGUGGCAGUCUUCGGAAGGUUACUUUAUGAACAGCUGUUUUUGCAUCUUUUGCUAGUCCUCUCGGGAUAAGAUAAGACGCUGCUGUGUGCCAUGAAAUCAAGUGCCUUCAGACUUAGUGGAAGAUUAGGUGAAUGGAAACCCCGACAUUGGCUAGUUUACCAUCCAAGCAUUUGCCCCUUAGGCACAUUUUAUAGAGAUAGAAUCAAUCAUGCUGUAAUCUGCAGCUAACUCUAGUAUCAAGGGUCAACUCGGCAUGUGGUGGCACAGUGUCAAAUUAUGGAUAUCUACACAGCUCUCUUUAUUUUGACCUAGGAGAAUGACUUUACGGCCCUUGACAGUCUAGGCUUUUGGAGUGGGACUUGUGCUCAAGCAGAGAAAGGAUGGUGGCCAAGCUUUGUCAGAGUGACUGAGCGAGAACGGGGAGCUCUUAGAAAUAAGCAAUGGGCUCUGACAAAAAAUCGACUUGUAGGGAGGGAUGCUUUUGAAGUCUACCAAUUCAUUUCAGCUGGACCCGCUGAGAAAGACAUUAUUGUGACUUCGUCCGAGGACUGUGAAAGGAGGACCUUUCAAGUGGGACUCUUACGGCUGAUAAUGGCCUUGGCUUACCUGGGUGUCUGUCAGUCCAUUAGGUCAGGCUGUGUGGUUCUCACAGACCUAUUUUAGUACUCAAAUGAGAGUGUAACUCUACUUUUACAGAGACUGUAAAGACCUUGGAACUACCUGAGACCAUGAGUUACCUUAACCAGCUGGUUUUUGAAAAAAAAAAAAUGUAUUGUAAAAUGACUACUAUUGUUCGUUAAAAAAAAACGUUUUGGGAGAAAAUGUAGAUUUCCCUUUUUAUUUCCUGAUUCCUUUUUUUGUUUGUUUUUUUACAGAAUAAUCAGAAAUAGGCUAUAAGGGCCCUAUUCCGACUUUCCUACGCACUUCUUUAGUAGGCCGCGACAGUGUUUACAGAGGAAGCAAAUGAAGGUAAACGAAACAAUGUGCUUAAAUGGAAUGAUAAUGUAGGCGAUACCAACUGAAGGGGAGUAACAGUAAAUUGGCAGUUGAAUAUGUGUGGUUAUUAGGCCUACUGGCGGUCGAUACUGGUAGUGACUAAUAUUUAACAUGAUAAAAAUAGGAAACAGAGAAAGUCUGGGUAGCAUAUAAUUAAGACAUUAGAGAGCCCAUCCCUGCAAAUUUAAAAGCAGUACAAUUUAAAUUCUGCAUAUUUCAUUUCAUAAACUUCACUGUGGGAAAGUUGAUAUGUUGAUAUGCUUCAGUUUGCUGCCGUAUGAAUGGUUUCACAUUCGUCUCCAGUGAUAUUGAGGUAAAAUAUAUCUAAAAACAAGUGUCAUUUAUAUUUAUAAUUCCUUUAUCCAAACAGGUUAUUCAUUCACCCAGCUCUUCUUAAUAGCUCUUAUCCAGCUGUAAAUAGCAGUGCAGAAUAAAGUAGAUGCUUUUUCCACUUGGAGCCGGUAGGUUUGCUAGACCUUAUUCAUGGUUUAUUCUCACGUAAAGGUGGUGGAAAUAUUAGGGAAUUAGGUGAGAAUAUGGAGUAUCUGCAGACACACCUCCGCCAUUCUUUCAUUUACUCGAUCUCCACCCACAACGAAUAGCAGGUGAAUAGCAUGUUAUUCUCAUGUUUAUAUUCAAGGUCAGAAUACGCAUAGAGAGAAAAGUGCGUUAAAAAGGGAAUUACGUUCCAUUAACCCAUGCUUAACUCAGGUCGGAAUCGGGCCCUAAGCAAAUACAUAUGGUGAACACCACAUUAUAAAAUAUUCUAUAAGAAACCAUUUGUCAUUCAAAAAGCACAAGAUGACACAAAACAAAUUUUGACAAAAUUUAGUACAUUUCUCACAGAUUUAGGCUGAGACAGUUCCUCUCAGCAACCUGUUAAAACAGAAGAAAAUGUGUUCUUCUCUGUUCAAUGAAAUUAUUAAUGUAAAUCAUAGCAUGUGUGGUCACUUUUAAUAAUGGAAAAUAUAAAAUUUCAUUGAACAGUUCGCUUUAUAACUUCCAUUCUCCAAUGUCUCUCAAUUCAAUAUCUGAUUGCGUUGUUUAUCUGCAGACGUUAAAGGGAAAAUCCACUCAAACUAUAUUUUGUUCUUUUUUUCAUUAGUCAUGAUGCAUUCAAAACAACUUGGAGCUUCGGACCUCGGAAAUCUCAGACGUCAGUAUGUUCAAAACAACUGGGAACUCGGGAAAACAAAUGAGCUCAGACUGGGAAAAAUUGUUUAGGGCGGUCAAUCCAACUCGUCAUUUCAAGCUCCGACUUUCUGUCCAGAAGAUCAUUGACAUCAUGAUUUGACCUUGUUUCUUAAUGAGUUCCCAGUUGUUUUGAAAGCACCGUCAUUUCAAGAGGCAAAGUGUUCCUGGGCGCAUCAUCAUGACCAUGAAAAAUGCAUCAUAUGAUGUAGCCGAUGACACUUUCAUUUUUGAAAGUCCGAUAUCUUUAAAACUUCACUUGCUGACAUGCAAAACACUUUAGGACUGUAUCAACAGUGGACUAAUGAAAAAUACACCAAAAUAUAGUUUUUGGCUGGAUUUUCCCUCAUGACUACUUGUGUUUAUUAUUUCAAAGUAAUGGAUACAGAUACAGCAGAUACAUUUUUCAACUCUCCUUUCCAUUGCUUCUGGUUUGCUCUGUCAUUCUAUACUGAACUAAAAUAUAAACACAACAUGUAAAGUGUGUUUCAUGAUCUGAAAUAAAAAAUAACAGAAAGUUACCAUAUGCAUAAAAAGCUAAUUUCUCACAAAGUUUGUGCGCAUAUUUGGGAGUGCUGAGGAAUAUUUCUGUUUUUAAUAAAGCCCUUUUGUGGGUAAAAACUAUUUCCGAUUGGCUGAUCUGGCUCGCAAGUAGGUGGGCCCAUGCCCUCCCAGGCCCAUCCAUGGCUGCGCCAAGUCAUGUGAAAUCCAUAGAUUAGGGCCUAAUGAAGUUAUUUCAAUUGAGUGAUUUCCUUUUAUGAACUGCAUCUCAGUAAAAUCUUUGAAAGUGUUGCAUGUUGCGUUUAUAUUUUUGUUCAGUAAAAACAUAAAGUUGAAGUCAGAAGUUUACAUACACCUUAGCCAAAUACAUUUAAACUCAGUUUUCCACAAUUCCUGACAUUUAAUCCUGGUAAAAGUUCCCUGUUUUAGGUCAGUUAGGAUCACCACUUUAUUUUAAGAAUGUGAAAUGUCAGAAUAAUAGUAGAGAGAAUUAUUUGUUUCAGCUUUUAUUUCUUUCAUCACAUUCCUAGUGGGUCAGAUGUUUACAUACACUCAAUUAGUAUUUGAUAGCAUUUCCUUUAAAUUGUUUAACUUGAGUCAAACGUUUCAGAUAGCCUUCCACAAGCUUCCCACAAUAAGUUGGGUGAAUUUUGGCCCAUUCCUCCUGACAGCACAGGUUUGUAGGCCUCCUUGCUCACACACGCUUUUUCAGUUCUUCCCACUCCAAUACCUUGAAUUUGUUGUCCUUAAGCCAUUUUGCCACAACUUUGGAAGUGUGCUUGGGGUCAUUGUCCAUUUGCAAGACCCAUUUGCGACCAAGUUUUAACUUCCUGACUGAUGUCUUGAGAUGUUGCUUGAAUAUAUCCACAUCAUUUUCCUGCCUCAUGAUGCCAUCUAUUUUGUAAAGUGCACCAGUCCCUCCUGCAGCAAAGCACCCCCACAAGAUGAUGCUGCCACCCCUGUGCUUCACGGUUGGGAUGUUGUUCUUCGGCUUGCAAGCCUCCCCCUUUUUCCUCCAAACAUAACAAUGGUCAUUAUGGCCAAACAGUUCUAUUUUUGUUUCAUCAGACCAGAGGACAGUUGCAAACCGUAGUCUGGCUUUUUUAUGGUGGUUUUGGAGCUGUGGCUUCUUCCUUGCUGAGCGGCCUUUCAGGUUAUGUCGAUAUAGGACUUGUUUUACUGUGGAUAUAGAUACUUUUGUACCUGUUUCCUCCAGCAUCUUCACAAGGUCCUUUGCUGUUGUUCUGGGAUUGAUUUGCAUUUUUCACAUCAAAGUACGUUCAUCUCUAGGAGACAGAACGCGUCUCCUUCCUGAGCGGUAUGACGGCUGCGUGGUCCCAUGGUGUUUAUGCUUGCGUACUACUAUUUGCUCCCAAGGAUGAACCAGACUUGUGGAGGUCUAAAAACACAAUCUGAGGUCUUGGCUGAUUUCUUUUGAUUUUCCCAUGAUGUCAAUUAAAGAGGCACUGAGUUUGAAUGUAGACCUUGAAAUACAUCCACAGGUACACCUCCAGUUGACUCAAAUGAUGUCAAUUAGCCUAUCAACUUCUAAAGCCAUGACAUUAUUUUCUGGAAUUUUCCAAGCUGUUUGAAGGCACAGUCAACUUAGUGUAUGUAAACUUCUGACCCCCUAGAAUUGUGAUACAGUGAAUUAUAAGUGAAAUAAUCUGUGAACAAUUGUUUGAAACGUACAAAGUAGAUGUCCUAACCGUCUUGCCAGAACUCUAAGUUUGUUAACAAGAGAUUUGUGGAGUGGUUGAAAAACUAGUUUUAAUGACUCCAACCUAAAUGUAUGUUAACUUCCGACUUCAACUGUAAGUACCGCAAGCAAACUCAUUUUAUUUGAUUCAUUUCAUUGCUUUUUAAUGUGUGUCGACAAAACAAAUUCUCUCCUCGCCUACCAUCUUGAGUCAAGUGAGUGUUUCAAUUCUACCCUCAAAGUAAACCCAUAUAUUCUAUUGUACAGCAGAUUUCAACUGGCACUUUAACUCAAUAAUGCAUUUGCUCAAAUGGGGACAAAAUAAAUGUAUUAUUUGGGGUAAUCAUUCUCUUGACAACAACACCCCAGAACAGAACUUUAUCUAACUGUAUCAGAAAAAAACAUAUUUUAUAACUUAUAUUAGCAACAGACUUCCAGUCAUUAUUUGGAUUUGAUUUCCCAGAUGAUUGCUUUGCAUUAUUAUGAAUAAAUACCCUUCAAAUGUC